UCCGCAAGCUCGCACGCGCCAGUCGUUGUGACCUUGUCGCGCGAAUUGUCGAGGAUCAUCUCGCGACGAAGAAGAACAUUUCUGAAGGUUUUGUUAUUCGAUUCAUCAUGCUUUACUCUGAAGCUGGAAGUCUACAUAAUUCUCAACCAGGUCAAGUAUAUCGUGUGAGCUGAAGGAGAAGCAAUAACUUGCCAGCAUCCAGCUUACAGGAUUUAAUGAGUGUUUGAUUGGUGAAUUCAUAUACAAUGAAUUUUAAUUGGAGUUGGUCUAAUGAAUUUGAAGUCCCAGAACAGGUGCAUAAGAGCUACGCUUUGCUUUGUUAAUCAUCUGGAAUGAGCAAGAUCACCAACAUGAGGAGCAAGUGAGAGUUGGAAGUGUUGGAGAUGAAACAAUCUUCUAUAUUCUGGAAAUAGGAUUGGCAAUCUCGGAGAUGAUAUUGAUAUGAGGACACAGACCACACAUCAUGAAACUGCUCAGAAGGCAAAUAUGACACGUCAACAUAACACGAAUACGAAGCUGUCACGAACUAGACGGGGUUUGUAUGAAUGGAAUCUUUGCUGGAGCAGUAUGAGCUUUGCUGUAGUGUCUGACCCAGAACCAAAUGGAGGAACACGAUGAUGAGAGAGACUCAAGAAUGGCAGCUCCACUGUCUGUGGAAGAGGUGAUUGAGGGUAGUCUUGGAAAGAUGAAUUGCGCUCAGAUGAUGCAAGCCAUCUUUGCAUCUAUUCUUCCAUUGUUCGACAACCAACAGACGUUCAUUAGUGUCUUCACAGAUGCUCAACCAGUAUGGCAUUGCACCAAAGAUGAUCAAACAAGCAAUAGUUGCUCCAGAAAAACUAAUAUUUGUAGUCUUUCCAGGAGUGUCUGGGCUUGGAAUGGAAAUAAGCACAGCACAAUCAUAUCAGACUGGGAUCUCCAAUGUGCCAACUCUUUCGUCAAGGGUUUACCUGCGACUUCCUACUUCGUUGGUUGCUUGUUAGGUGGGUUUUUGCUUGCCUCCCUUGGCGAUUCAUCGUUUGGGAGAAAGAAUCUUCUCUGUCUCUCUUGCUUGAUUAUGUCACUAGCUUCGCUUGCCUCCGCCUUCUCUCCUAACAUCUGGGUUUACUCCGUAUUUCGUUUCGUUGCUGGUGUUGGUCGUGUAUCUAUUACCAUUUCUUCUUUUGUCCUCUUAUCGGAGAGGGUUGGCAAGCGGUGGAGAGGACAAAUAGUUAUGCUCGGUUUCCUCUCCUUAACAUUGGGAUUGUUAUCCUUGACUACUUUAGCUUACCUGACUCGAAAUUCUUCAUGGAGAAUUCUUUAUCUAUGUACUUCCAUUCCCGGAGUCAUCUGUUCUAUAUUAACUCAUUUCUUCCUUUGUGAAUCUCCAAGGUGGCUCUUCAUGAGGGGACGCACAACAGAUGCGGUAAACGUUCUGAAAAGCAUUGGGUCCCUGGAUGAUCAUCUCAGCUCUUCAUUGUCAAAUAUGCUAGUAUUCAAACAAGGUAUCCCCAACACUAACGGUAAUAAUCCCUUUUCUUCUGUCAAGAUAUUAGUCAAGAAAAGAUGGGCAAUUCAAAGGUUGAUAGUAGCUAUGGUACUUAGUUUUGGCGUUGGAAUGAUGUACUUCGGCAUGUUGUUGGGUGUUGGAGGCUUGGGUCUCAACAUAUACUUGAGCUCAAUAUUUAAUGCUCUACUAUUACUAUCAUCUUCCCUGCUUACUUUCCUUUUCUGGAUCCCAAGAUGCAACAGGAGGAGCUCAGUGUUGGGAUUUUGUACAAUUAGUGGUGUUGCCAGCAUAAUUUCCAUUGUAGCUGGUCAUCACCAUAAGAUUGUACAUGUGGGCUUAGAACUUAUGGCCCUCUUUUGUGCUUGUAUGGUGUUUAAUAUCUUAUUUAUGUAUGUAGUUGAGUUGUUUCCAACUUGUAUCAGGAACACUGCAGCCUCACUGUCGAGGCAAGCACUGCUCUUCGCGUCUAUCUUUGUCCCUGUGUUGGUGGUGAUAGGGAGGAGAAUCCAACUCUUCUCUCAUCUAAUCUUUGGAGUGACCAUUCUUUCUUGUGGCCUUUUGGUCAUUUUUUUGCCAGAAACUAGGGGCAGGGUGUUAUGUGAUUCCAUGGAAGAGCAGGAAGCCCAAGAUAAAAAUCGCUCUUUCCAUGCCUAAUUUAUGAUGAAUUCCAUUGUUUUGUUACAUUGUAUUGAUUAAUCGGAUAGGAAUUUAGCUGUCAACUAUGUUAUCAGUCAUUCAGUUGUUUGAUCAAAUAAACAAGCUUUGUAGUA